AUGGUGGCCAAGAAGACCGACCGUAAGUCGAAGAACGCUUUGAACAAGCUGGUGACUCGUGAAUACACCGUUCACUUGCACAAAUACAUCCACGGAAUGUAAGUUUGGUUUCCGUAGUUUCGUGUCGGCUUUUAGGUGGGGUAUACAACAAUUUGAGAGAGGUUGUUGGUGUUUUGUUGGAUGUAGAGCAGGAAUACGUUGAGCUAGGUCAAGUAGAAUAUUAUUUUUGAUUUUUGUGCGGAAUUUCUUUUUGUUUUGGUUGGCCUAAAGCAAGGAAGUGGUAGUUCAAGGGUUUUUACUGCUUCCGCGAUUGUUUUAACGUUGGUAUAAGCAAAUUUUUUGAUGCUUUUCAUGGUGAAUAUAAAUUUAAUGUACAGUAGAGAAAAUUGGGAGAAGGUCUCUGUUUUUUCAACCUUUGAUGCUAGAUAUGGGAUGAAUGGGUAUCCUUACACCUUUUAAUGGCCUGAUUCUUUCAGUGGAUUUAAGAGAAGAGCUCCCCGCGCCAUCCAAGCCAUCCGUGACUUUGCCACCAAGCAGAUGGGAACCACCGAUGUCCGUGUUGACACCCGUGUGAACAAGUUCAUCUGGAGCCAGGGAAUCAAGUAAGCCCUAUUUUCAUUAUUUUAUUUCAUGUUUAGAUCAGUGCUGACUUCAUGAAUCUACUAUAAUAUUAUUUUCAACUAAUUUUGUCCAAAUUUUCAGGAAUGUCCCAUACAGAAUCCGAGUCCGUCUGUCCCGCCGCCGCAACGAAGAUGAGGACAGCCAGAACAAGCUCUACACUUUGGUAACCUUCGUCCCAGUCACCAACUUCAAAAAACUCACCACCGUCAACGUGGACCAGGAAGACUAA